AAACGUGUUUUUGGCAUGAGUUCUAUUGUUUCUCUUUCAGUCUUUGCAAUGAUUCAGCGAACUGUGAUAUGGCAGUAGCCUCUACCUGGCUUCAGGUUAACUCCCCUGGCAUACUAUUCCCUUUAUUUUGACCAAUUUCUAGUAUUUUUCCAGCCAUCCGCGGUGCCUGACAGAGGCUAAUAACAUUGACAGCACUUCGUGCCAUCUACACCCUGCAAUAUGUUAUCAAUCCGCAAGUGUAUCCAAUGGUGGGAAGACCACCCUAAGCAGGCAGCUUGUGACAGCCAUCCCAAACUCUUGUCUCAUGCACCAGGAUACUUACUUUAAGGAGCCAGGUCAUGUCCAGAUAGAUCCUGAACAUGGCUGGAUGAUGUGGGAUGAGUUAUCAGCUGUACACAAUGAUGUCAUGCUGGAGGAUGUGAAGAGAUGGUUGGAGAACCCAGCAGCUUUCAGCCAAUCAGCAACCAGCACUGGAGACAGCACUGAUGUACAUGUCCUUCUUAUUGAGGGUUUCCUCAUCUAUAACUACAGGCCCUUAGAAAAAGUGUUUGAUGCAAGAUACAGCUUUGUUUUACCAUUUGAAGAGGCCAGGAGGAGAAGACUCUCCCGUACCUACACCCCCCCAGACUCUCCCGGUUUCUUUGAAGGUCACGUGUGGCCCAUGUACCUUAAGUACAAGAAUGAGCUUCUGGAUCUUAACAUACAGACAAUUGAUCUUGAUGGAACAAAACCAGUGGAGGAAAACUUUGAGAGGGUCAAAACAGACAUACUGGAUAUGAUCAAACAUCUAAAGGAUAGCCAGAUAUGAGACAACUACUUUGAACCAUAUUUAUUGCCAAAAAAGCAUAUUAAAUUAUUGCUAUUGCAGUACAGUACUUUCAUUCACACAACACAGUACAAUAUGUAUUCACGGUAAUGAUGCAAUUCUUUCAAGAAAGUCUUUGGGCAUAAUACAGGUUCAUAUAUACAUGUAAAUGUAUAGCGUAUCUACUACAGUAAAUUGGUAAGCUAAGCCAAUGUCAUUUUAUAGUAAAUGUAAAAAGUUGCAUUCAUUGUCUACCACAUAAUGUAAGCUUACCUCUAUCAAUCAAUCAAUCAAUCUAGAUAUUU